AUAGAGAGGACCCCUCACAUAAACACAGGCGGCCGUGGGCGACCACUGGUGUAGGAGAGAAAAGUACUUAGCAGAAUGUGGCCCAGCUCUCAGCCCUCAACAGCCAAAAAGCCAGUAAUCCCAACACAAGUCUUGGCUCUGUAGGAACACUAUGUGUGGGGCCAACUUCAGUAAAGGCAGCAUGUAGCACAGUGACGAAUAUUUUCUAAAACUUUGUAUUAGGAGAGAUCAAGUUUUGCUUUAGUUAGAGCCGAGUUAUUCCUUACCUUUCAUUACAAAAAAUGUAUGAAAAUAUAUCUACUGUGCCUUGCUUUUACAGUCCAGAUAUGUCGCUGUAUGACGAUAUUGACACGGACAAAGCGUCGGGCGCUUCAGGAUGGGCGUCGGGCAUCAAACUUAUGCAUAAUCAGCUUGCUUUUAAAAAGGCAACGAUCACAACACCAAAGCGAGACCAGACUCGACGUGGGACUGGCGCCAAAUUACCACCAGUAAUUGAUCUAAAGUCAAGGCGCGAGGAUGAUGAAAAUACUCCUCCAUCAUUUUUUCAGGGACAGAAGGAAUUUGCAAGAACUACAGGAACCGCGCCAUAUGUUGGCUCCAGCGACCCCGAAUGGAAAUUUGUCAAUGAAUAUGACCCAAUAUGGCCCAAUGACUAUGAGAAAGUCGUCAAAGAAAUGAGAGAGAAGAGAGACCGAGAAGAGGAAGAAACAAGAAUAAAGGAGAGAGAAGAGAGAGAGAGGAAGAGAAGGGACAGAGGAAGUAGCGAAGAGGCAACAGGCUUUGCACGUCUAAGAGAGCCCGAAGAGGAGGAGGAGGAGGAGGAAGAAGAGCGACCACGAAGAGGUGCCGGUGCAGCCAUUGCACCACCUCCGUCACUAGGCGCAGACGAUGGAUCUUCCCCUGUUGGUGGCUCGAGUAAAGGAGCCAACUUUAGUGGUUUGGGUAGCACCAUUGCUGCAAAAAUUAUGGCAAAAUAUGGGUUUAAGGAAGGUCAAGGCCUUGGUAAAAGUGAGCAAGGCAUUGUUCGUGCUCUGGAGGUGGAAAAGACAAGUAAGCGAGGGGGUCGAAUUGUAUUGGAGCGUGAGGACUCUCCGGGACCACCAGCCAUGCCGCCCCCUGUUGCCCCACCUCCCACACGCACACCACAGUCGGAAAAGCCCGAGGCAAAGAUGGCACACAUUCUACGAAAUCCAUCUAAAGUGGCGCUUCUCAGGAAUAUGGUGGGUCCAGGGGAGGUGGAUGACGAAUUAGAGCCAGAAGUGCGUGAGGAAUGCAAUGGGAAAUAUGGGGCUGUAGUUCAAGUGGUGAUCUUUGAAAUUCCGAGGGCUGUUCCUGAAGAAGCCGUUCGCAUCUUUGUAGAAUUUCAGAGAGUUGAAUCGGCCAUUAAGGCUGUAAUUGACUUGAACGGGAGAUUCUUUGGUGGACGCCAAGUGAAAGCUGGGUUCUAUGACCAUGAAGAUUUCAAGGCAUUCAAACUCAAUGAAGCUUGUGAUUAACUCUCGAACUUGGAAGAGUCGGGAUACUCAUAAAAGUUCUCUAGGAUUAUUUUCCAAUUCAUUUAUAAAAAGACAUAAAGUUAAAGAAAAAAAAUGGGAUAAAGAUAUUUUUUGCAAUUGUUUGACAAAUAGAUUACAUGCUAUGCUUAAAUUUGAUAAUUAUAUCUGUUUCGUCGAUUGUGAAGUGUUUUGCCUUGCAAAUAAAGCUACAAUAUU